AUGGAUCCACAAUGGCGUCGCUUCCUUACGUCUCCCCGUGCCGACGCGCACGAGGAGAGCUCCUUGGUGCGCCUUGACGUGCCCUGGAGAGGCGGAUACGUCGCAAUCUUCUUCGGGUCCGGUGACUCCCGAGUUAACUUGCAACUGCUGGCCUCCGGGAGAUCGGGAGGAAGAGGUGGAGCGACGGCCGGAGGUGGUGAAGGACGCUAUUGGCGGCAGCCAGAGGUGGGGAAGAAGAAGGAGCGGCGGCGGUCGACCAAGGAGCCAACUUCCAAGGAGGGCAACGCAUCCGAGCUGCGGUAUGGGGAGAAAUGCGGCUCCUCCUGCUCCGGCCGGCCGGAAGCGCAAAGCCCACCAAGUCGCCGCGCGGGUGCUGAGACGCGACGUGGUGGACUACAUGUCUACAUCGCCUUCCGCGCCGUCUGCUCCGGCUGGCGCGCCUGCACGCCCUCACCGCGCGACCCUACCCUGCGGAUCCGGACUCUCCGCCCCGUCGCCUGGGUCGCGCUCUGUGACGGCGACAGCGUCCGGCCGGACGACGCAUGCGAGGUCACCUUGUUCAACUGCCAGACAGCCCGGUGCCUCCGCGUCCGCCUGCCGGACGACCUCCGGCGCCCCCGUUACAGGAUCAUUGGCUUCACCGACGGUCUUGUCAUCCUGCUGCACAAGCGAAGCACCGCGAUCCGUGUGCUCCACCCCUUCACGCGCGUCGUGGUCGACUUCCCGUCCCUCGCCCCCGUGUACCAGCAGCUGAUCAGGAACCGCAACUCUGUGAUUAAUAUGAGCGCGGCGGUUUGCCCUAGCGUGUCGUCGCCUGCCACUUCCAUCGCCGUUGUGGUCUGGUUCCCUUAUCCAGUGAGCAGCCUCGGCAGCCGGGCACUAUUCCUUUCCAUUGACAGGUGCUUGUCCGUGUCAGCCAAGGACCUCCCUAGUAACAGCAGUGACUCACUUUACCUCUCUAUACCACUACCGUAUCCGGGUUUUCUAUAUUCUAUACGCAGCCGGUCGAUCGAGCGGCCAACAAUGUUCUCUCAGGUUCAUGACUUAGAGAAGAGGGUUCGCCCAUCUGUGCGGCCCUUCACCCUUGCUGAUCAUCUUCUCACCUACUGCAAUCAUCGCCAAUGGUAGGGUGUUUCUCGUCUACUCACUCCCUUCCAUAAUUCUUGUCGAAAUAUUACAUGUAUCUAGACACUUUUUAAGAAUAGAUACAUCCGUUUUUGAUCAAAUUUGAGACAAGAAUUAUGAAACGGAGGGAGUAGCUUCCUGUCACAGGCUCACAGCUUAUCAUCACUAGCAACAAUGCCGUGCAUUCAGUAGAUCACUCUAGUUAACUAAUGAUCCAAUUUUGCCUUGUAUUCUACUGUGGGUCAAAAGGACACAUGUUUCACGAGUACUACCUUAUACCCAAGUCUUUUGAGGAGCUACGGAAGAAAAUACGAAGUCAAUAUUCUGAAGCGAGGAUUUCCCGCGUACAAAAGGAAAAGAUGUGUUGCACCCAAGAAAUAAUAGCCCCUCCGUGUUUUAGAUUACUCCUUGGAAAUGAGAAUGUUGUUUAAUACUCCCUCCGUACCGAAAUUAUUGUCGCAGCCUCUUCGCAAAAACAACCUUACAAAAACAUGCUCAGAAUUACAAUAAUUACAGAUCCGGUAAUUAACAACAUGUUCAAAUUAAAA